UGAGUCUCGAAAAUGUCUUUUUAUUUACUUAAUAUUUAAUUUAAUUUAAUAUUUGUUUUAGGUAAGUUUUUAGAAAAUUCCAUUAAGUCACGAUCAUGCACGUAGCCAUUUUCUAGAUCCAAAAAUUCAGCCCAAGAACGAGUUCAAAGGAUCAAGAACGUUGAAUCCCAAGAACCAAAGACAAAAGAGAGGGGGAAAAAAAUUAGACGCAAACAUAUUCGAGGAAAGAAAAAAAAAAAAGAUUCACAUAUAAUACAGAAAAUGAUGUGUUUUAUAUUUUUUGAAGUCUUUAUUGGAACUUGGAAAGUUUUACAGGAAAUGAUCUGACGAAAAGAAAAAAGAAUUAGUUUUCAUUAUACAGAAAGUAAUUUCUUACAAUCUGGGAUUUGAAGGUUUUUAUAGAAAGCGAUUUCCUUUUGUAACUACAAAUUAAGUUUAUCCAAGAUAAGGAUUCAAAUCUUGAUUCUAUGAUCUGGUCUGAUUAAUCUUUCUCGGAGAAGUUCAAAGAAUGGAAGAAAAUAGUAGGUAAAGGUGAGAUUCAAGCUUUAUAUAUAUAUAUAUAUAUAUAUGCAUGUACAUAUAAGAAAUCAAGAUUCCGGGAAUUAAGAAAAAGCGAUAUGAGUGGGAAAGAUCCGGUCAAGCUUGACGACGAGCAAUUGGCUGAGCUACGAGAAAUAUUCCGGUCAUUUGAUCGGAAUAAAGACGGUAGCUUGACGCAACUGGAGCUGGGAUCCUUACUCCGAUCACUUGGUCUAAAACCAAGCGAAGAUCAGUUAGAGGCGUUGAUACAAAAGGCAGACAAGAACAGCAAUGGUUUAAUUGAGUUUUCAGAAUUUGUAGCUCUUGUGGAGCCUGACCUCAUUCCGUCUAAGUGUCCAUACACAGAAGAUCAGUUGAAGAAGAUAUUCAGGAUGUUUGACAGAGAUGGAAAUGGGUAUAUAACUCCGGCCGAGUUGGCUCAUUCCAUGGCUAAGUUAGGGCAUGCUUUGACAGCAGAAGAGUUGACAGGGAUGAUCAAGGAGGCAGAUACUGAUGGUGAUGGGUGUAUCAAUUUUCAAGAAUUUGCUCAAGCUAUUACCUCUGCUGCUUUUGACAAUUCUUGGAGCUGAAGGCACCAAGCAGGAUGAAUUGAGUGCUUUAAAAAAGAUAUUGCAGGAUCUAUAGAAUACAUGUUUUUCUGUUCUUGUUUAAA